GUCACGCCACCACAUCAGACACACAAUAACAACUUCAUUUGUCAAAUGGAUCCGUAAUGAACUCCUGGACUAGUGUCAGACUGAGUAUGAAGGGGUUCCGGUCUCUCUGCUGCGGGCCGGUCUGGUUUGCUGCUGUCUUGGUUAUUGCAGCCUCUUCCCCCCAUCCUGCUGAAAGUUUAGUGGGGUUCCCGUCGGCCCCCGGUAAAGGAGGACCCAGCUCGGUGGCCCAGGUCCUAAAGGUCUCGAGGAACAGAAACCGUCAGUGUGCGCACGAAUCUGCUGCCGUGGAUCUGCUGCAGUUCCCCCUGGCGAGUCCCGGGGAGAGCUUCGGCGUGCUCCGCAGGUUCCAGCCUUUCAGGCAGCGAGCCCUGGAGAGCAGCCGGCUCCACGCUGUCUCACGGCCCAGCGCCACGCUCUCUGUGAGUGUGUACCUGCUGAGGUGGUGUCAGCAUGCGCUCUGCGGGAUCAUCCAUCACGUCGGGCGGGGGAACCGCUACGGCCUCCUGAUGCAGCUCACACACUCAGGAGACCUCAUCGUUCAGGCCCGGUCGACUGCAGGAGGAGCUAAAGCUUUCCAAGCCGGAGUGGUGCUGCCCCGCAGGAAGUGGAUCAGAUUGGACUGCUCCAUCCAGGACUCCAAGGUCCUGCUCGAUGCAUCGUGGGACAACGAGACCCGCAGACGUGAAUACGAAUUCCAGGACAGCGUCCAUCACGACGACACUGAGGGGUACUUCGUGAUCGGAGGGAGCCGGUUCAUGUCGGGCAUCCAUGGGUUCUUUGGACCCAUCAGAUACUACCGUCUGGGAACCAAAGAGGUGAAAAACCAACAUCACAUCGAGUCCACCUCCCAGCAACUGGACCAGACUCUGCAGGAGUGCCAGGAAAUGAAAGACCUCACCAGAGCAUUUCUACAGGAAGUCUCCGAGAGUCACCUGGAUUCAGCAGAUGCCUGCACCCCUCCCUCUGCAGGACUAUGGGGCCAGUCUGCAGAGAGAACCUGCACCCAGACCUGGAGCCGGGAGGAACAGCUGAAAUACAGAACGCUCUUUCAGUUCCUGCAGACCAAGGAGGAGGACUUCAGGACAGGGUCUCCGGGGUCUCUGGGGUCUCUGGGGUCUCUGGGAGUGAAGCAGCUCGGGAGUGCUGCGUUUGAGGAGGCGCUGGGUUCAGUGCUCUCUGUGGAUCAGGCUCAGAAUGAAACCUCCUUCAGAUCCAGGUCUCUGCUGCGGGUGUCCUCCUGCUUUGGAAACCACAGAGCGUCCCUCCUGCUGGCCUCACUCCUGCUGUCCGGCCUGGGAAACCCCGUGCAUCAAACACAGGGUCACGCCUACAGUCUGAUCGGCGCAGCAGGCGAUAAUCGCUUCGCCCUGAUGCAUGCUGGGUACAAGCACUCACAGGGACUUGACGGGUUCCCCAAAGACCUGGACGCGGCCUACAGCUACUACUCCAACGCCGGCACUCAGAGCAGCAUCGACAGCAACCGGAUGCAUCGCCAGGAGGAGCAACACGCCGUGGAACACAUUUACCUGAGCCGUGCGGAGGACCUGCAGAGCCUCUCACACCACAGCACCGACCUCUUCCAGUUUGUGAAGCACCAGGCGGAGAGCGGGGACGCGGACUCUCAGAGGCGUCUGGGCUCCAUGCUGUUCUGGGGUCAGCACGGGGUCUCCAAAGACCUGGGGGGCGCCGUGAAGUGGCUCGAGAGGAGUGCCCUGCAGGGGGGGGAUCCGGCAGCCAUGUACGACUACUCCGUCCUCCUCAUGAAGGGUCAGGGCAUCGUGAGAAAUCGCACCCGGGGGGUCAAGCUGCUGGAGAGAGCUGCAGAGAUGGGUUCGGUGAGCGCUCUGAACGGGCUUGGCUGGUAUUAUGGUAUGGUUCUGAAGGACCACAGGAAGGCGCUGAGGUUCUUCCAGCAGGCGGCGCUGAAUGGCAGCGAGGACGGGAUGUUCAACCUGGGCAUCUACCACCUGAACGCGAAGAACCCCGACGACCCGGCCCGGAACGAGACGGCUGCGUUCCAGCAGUUCCUGAAUGCAUCGCAGCGCGGCCACGUUGCGGCAUCGGUGGAGGCGGCGUGGUACCUAUCCACCGGAGGGGGGGGGGGUCCUCAGGACGUGGAGGGGGCGGUGAUCCUGCUGAAGAAGGCGUGUGAGCAGAACGGACACCUGGGGUACCUGAUCAGAGAUGCCCUGCAGGCCUUCCUCCGGGACGCUCUGAAGGAGGCCUUUGUGAAGUACGUCCUGGCAGCUGAAACUGGUCUGGGUUUAGCUCAGAGCAACGCAGCACACCUGUGUGAGGUCCUGCAGCUGGGUGCUGCCUGUCAGUGGAGAUAUCAUAACCUCUCUGUGGUGAACUACUACCCCCACCCGUCCGCUCUGCUGAAGAUGGGAGACCUCUACUACUACAGCGGGCGGGGGGGUGCUGUAUCCGGGGUGGGGGGGGCAGACCCUGCGAUGUUGAUGUACGGCAGAGCGGCAGCGGCCGGCAGCCCUCAGGGGAUGUUCAACCUGGUGGUUCUGAUCCAACAAGGACACGUCCUCCCCCCAAGGGUCCUCCGCCUGAUGAACCUGACGCAGCAGAACGAGAUGGACAUCCAGCUGCACAUCCUGCACAGGUGUGUGCAGGUGGAGGAGGAUGGCUCUCUGACGGGCUGCAGGUUGGAGCUGAUCCGGGUCCAGCUGGGCAGCGCCUGCAGGAAGAUGCUUCAGAGCGCAGCGCAGAGAGUCCUGACAUAUGCAUCGCUCCUCUCCCUCCUCCUACUCCUCGCUGUCCUCCUUCCACUGCAGAGCUGCCUCCAACACAGAGUGUGUGCUCGGAGGACGUCACCUGUCAGACACCUGAACAGAGAGCAAAGCAUCAUGGGAAGACGCCUGCGCCCCAUCCUGCAGGCCUGCGAUGUGUGUGUGACGGUGUGUGGUGUGUGUCUGUGUGUGUUCUGCACCACCCUCCUGCACCACCUGCUGUGAUGGACAGAGGGAGUUCCUCCUGCUGGGUAUAAGGCUUCAGGGAGGGGGGGUCGGGAAGCAGAGGAAAGACAGUUACACAACAGGAGGGGGGGUUAUUUUCCCAGCUGUGUAUUCUGUUUAAAAUGUCUGUUAUCAAAGUCAGUAAACAUCCUGCAGAGUGCUUCAGCAGCGGGAGCUGUUUCUAUUGAAGAGUAUCUCAUUUAUCUUCUCACUAAGUGAUGGAAAACACAGGAUGAGUAAAACAGGAAGUAGUUUUACUCCAAUUACUGACAUGAAACCAAUCACUGGGUGCGGUCGAAUAGUCCAAAAAGUCUGCUCCUAUGGUCUACCUAUCUACUGUUCCUUGAAUCGUCUCGGGGUUAAGGUGGAGCGCCUUUGAGCGAACAUUAUUGACAAUGGCGACGACAUCCUGCAUCACGUUCUUCAAGCCGAUGUGUUUAGCGCACAGUUGCUCCUGAUGCAAAAUACAAUGGUAUUUAAAAAUCGAGCUACCAAACUCACAGACUUUGUCCGACACAAGUGCAGUAAGGCCUGCUCUCUUACCGACCAUGGCCGGGGCUCCAUCAGUCGUGAUGCCAGAUAGGUUUUCCCACUUCAAACCGUUCUUGUCCAGAACUUGCUGCACUGCCAUAAACAUAUCGACACCUUUUGUUGUCCCUUUCAGUGUUUCAAGGCUCGCUAGUUCUUGGCACACUUCAAAGUCCUCACUGACGCCUCGCAAAAACACCAGCAACUGUGCUGAGUCAGCUAUGUCGGUGCUUUCAUCGAUGGAGAAGCGACCAAGCAGGGCCCGCGGGCCCCAAAUUAGGCAGCCAUGAUGCAGGGGUGGCCAACCCGCGGCUCUCGAGCCGCACACGGCUCUUUGCCCAGUCUCACGCGGCUCCUCAGUUCAUAUGGAAUUUUAAUUGUGGGGUUUUUUUUGCGCAUAUGUAUCCAAGUUCAAAAAGGGUUAACGACACACAAGUUCCAGGCCAAUCGUUACACAGAGUUUUCGACACAGAAGUGCUUUAGCCAAUCAGAAUGCAGAUCCUGCAGUACAGGGGGUGGGUUCUACUGCACUCGUGAUGUGACAGGGAAGGGAGAGAUCUGCUUCUGAACGGCGAAAAUAAACUCAGAUAAAACCGUAAUAACUCAACACAAAGCUGUCAGAUCCAAACGGUAACACUUUGCAGUUGUAGAAGUGUGUGAGAGGGCCUGUUCACGGAAAGCUGGCCACCGACACAGAAGGACUCCUGAGUUGCUGAAUCGCGAUAACGACAUAAGAGAAAGUGCAUCUCUGUCAGCAGAGCUUCUGCCAGUCACAGGGUAAACGUUCAGAUAGUUAUCAUGAGGAUAACUAUCUGAAACACACUUCAUUUAUUUUUAAAUAACUGUCAUGAGGCAGUAUUUGAACCAACCUUAGUCAUGGGUUUGUUUGAAAUAUUGUAAGAUCUGUAAAGGAGUGUUCAACGCAAUGAAUGCCAACUUAGUUCAGAGAAGCAACAUGCAGUAAUAUAACAGUAGUUUUCACAUGAUGAAGUGAGAGUGUGUGUGAGGCAGUGCACACACUCUUAAUGGCUGACAAAAACUGGCCUCUGGUCUGAAUACUUUGUCAAUAUCAUGGUGUGUGACAUUUACAAGAGGUCUGGCUGAGCAGAGGUGUGUCUGUCUGUGUGACGGAGUGUGUCUCUAUUGGUGUGUGUGUGUGUGUGUGUGUGUGUGUGUGUGUCUUUGAGUGUGUGUGUUUGUGUGUCAAUUAUUAUACAUUUUUAGAUUUUCAUUUUCUAUGUGUGAGAGACAGAGAGGGGCACAGAGGAAUAGAGUGAGGGAGCACACCAGUGGCGUAGCUAUACCUAUUUUAGGUGAACUUCGUAGGGUGACCAGAUUUGAGGUGGCGAAAAAGAGGACACUUGCGAUUGUUGGGGGGGAAGUCUAAGUACAGUAGACUUCUGUGCAAAGCGCCAUUCAAUUUAAGUACACGCUUAAUGGUCCCUUGAAAAACAGUGAAAACCGGACGUUUUCAUGAAUUUAUAAACCCCCCCGGACAGGACAUAAAAAGAGGACAUGUCCGGGCAAAAGAGGACGUCUGGUCACCCUAACUUCAGCCCACCUAAAAAAUAAAUCCCACCCAAAUGAACAUUUUGAAAUUGAAAAGAAAAAUGUAUAUAUAUUUUUAUGUCUCACAUUAGUGUUGAGGGUUGUGCCCCCUCCCCUUACCAAGACCACACAGUUCUAUUGUGUAGCCUCUUCAUGUUGCUCUCAAAGUGCACCAGAAGCAUGCACCUCACUGUAAAGUGUUUUUAAACCUCUGCCCGGGGAAGCAUGCCCACGGACCCCCCUAAAGGAUGUGAAGUCCACCCACCCAAACUUCAAAACUAGCUAUGCCCCUGGAGCACACAGAAAGGGUGAGAGCAAAAGAGAAAGGGCAAGAGAGAAGUGGGGGGACAUGCAUCCACGAUGUGUGUAUGAUGUGGCUCUUUGCAGUAACACAGUCAAAUAAUUGUCUCUUCGUCUCUGACUGGUUGGACACCCCUGAUCAAGAGAAUCAGAACAGCUGUUAUCAUGGCGGCCACUGAGGGACCUCCGGGUCAUUUCGCUCCGUUAGGAACCUUCCUGAGAUAAACUGACUAUUCCUCCGCACCCAAGCACUUCCAAAAUGAAUCAAUCAUCAUGAACACUGAAUGCAUAACAAUGACAACCUCAGACCGCGGGGAGAAGAACCAGAGCUGCAGUUCCUCAGACGACCACCAGAGAAUCCAAACUCCUCUGUGUACGAAUCUACAUCACAAAUAAACAUGUACUUUAAAGAGUC